AUGCUGCGCUGCCUUUCGACCCUUCGACAGGCUCUCAAGCCUGUUCAAGAGUCCGUCCUAGCAACUAGUCAUCCAUGGCCACCGAGGCGAAUCAAGCCUGUCUGUACCAGGAUUCACGACCAUGACCACCGCCGAGAAGAGGGGAGUCAUGCCACUGGUCCCCCGUCUUCAGAUUUGGAUACCUGCGCACUACAUCUCCUUCUGCGUACAUACCGCGCAUCUGCCAUUCCACAGCAGUCCUGUAAGGUACCUUUGGCGCCCCCAAAGAGACAUACGCUGUCUUCACUGCCUCACUGUCAACCAUUACUCGAUACAGCAAUGCAAAGUCAAAUCAUCAGGGGAAAGCGGAGCUGGAUAUCCAAAGCGAGACACGCUUGUUGGAGAACAGCCGCCGAUGGGACGUCACUGCGAGUCAAAGACCAGACGAUUCGGUUGGAUUCUUCAUCUCCUCCUUCAUUGUUCUUUCUUUGUCUCGCUAUGCGUGGUGGGCUGGGCACGAUCUUGGAGACAAGAACCUAA